UAUUAAUAUUUGGGCCCUUAUUUGAGAGUGAUACCAGUUUUGGAGGGUAGAAUUUCACCAUUAUCAUGAUUUUUUUAAUUCCUUAAUGAAAUACACCUUUUCUAUUUGGAUUUUCACUGAUUUUACAUAUGAGAAUGCAAAAGUAGUCAAAAGGUUGCUCUCCUAAACAAAAUACCUUACUUAAAGCAUAUUUAACAUACAUUCAUUUACAAUGUAUUACAUUAAUCGUCUGCAACCCUGAUUCCAAAAAGGUUUGGAUGCUGCAUAAAACAUCGAUAAAUGGGAAUGCAUGAAAUUCAGAAUUCACUUCAAAAUGUCACAUUAAGAGACUUAGACCUUGAGGAAUAUGCUGUGAUUGAACUUUCAAUAUCUGUGUAUUUUCUGUAACUGGAUGACCAGCACUUCUGCUUUGUAAACUGCUUUAAAAAAUGCUGUCACUGCAAAGAAAUGCUGCUAUGGGGACUAACAUCAUCACACAUAAAUAUUGGGCUCAUUGAAUCCACAAGAGUCUCAGCUUUCCAGUCAUACCCAAUUUAAGCAACUCACAAACUGUUUAGACGACUACUCUUUAAUUUAUUCUGAGUGUGAUAAUGAUCAUAUCUUUUAUCUGCAUAGCACUUUUCAAAAACCACACUUAAUAGUAAAACAGCUAAACUGUGUGUGUCACAUAGAGCAUUAAACAAAUUACAUUAAAACAUUUUAUAACAUUAAUAACAUAACAUUUUAUACAGUCACACGUUACAACAAUACUGAACUUCAGUUUUAAUAGUACUGAGUUUUAAUAUCUUCUUUUUUUUUCAUAUAGCAUGUUGGAGUUUGGAUUUAUUAUUCCUGUUACUUCAUGUCAGGGCUGUCACUUUUAUUUGAAAUGAAAACUUUUGUUUGAAUGUUGCAAAAAAAAAAAAAAAAUCCAAUACUUGGAUUGCAGCAGAGGGAGGCUGCUUGUCUUCUUGCACUCCCAGUUUAUCUUUCAGUGAGCUAAGCUAAUAAUUAAUGCAUUAUGCUGUAUAGGAUGUCAAAAUAUACAAACAAACAAAUAACAUGUUAGUUUAAUUGUUUGAGCUUGACUGUUUGGAAACAUGAAAGGUCUAAUGAUGUCCACUCCAAGGUUAUUAUAGUUAACUAAAACUAACGAAAUAAUAAAACUAGAAUUGAAACUUAACUGAAAUAAAAAUAAAAACGGUGACUAACUGAAACUGUAUUGUGUGGUUACAAAACGAACUAAAACUAACUAAAACUAACUACAAUUACAUGAAAAAAAAUUUCAUACAGGAACACAUGAAUCUGUUUAUUGAGACUGGGACGUCUAGACGACAAUGUGAGUCGAUUGCCUUCAAAAAGUUCAGCACUUCACUAGAACCAAAAUUCAAAGGACCUGGAGCUGCAAAAAUGAAUAACCUCAUUGGAAAAUAAGGAAAUAAAGGCAACAUUUAUUGUGACUUGUGAACAAAUACCCCAUUACAAAAAAAACUAAAACUAAACUAAAACUAAGCAUUUUCAAAAAAAUAAAAACUUGCAAACUCACUUUAAAAACUAAUUAAAACUAAUUGAAUUUGAAAACAAAAAUUCACAAUGAAAUUAAAACUAAAACUAAUGAAAAAUCCCACCCUAUCAUAACCUUGGUGCACUCUGUGUCACGCAUCAAGCUUCAGUAGCCUGGUGACGUGACAUGAAGAUCUCUAACUUCUGUUAUGUUUCAGCUCAGAGCAGCACAACAGACCAGAAAGUCCAGUGUCCAGAGGGAUCAUGGAGAGUGACUUGUCAGAUUCAGAGUAAGUUAUUAUCCGUGAUUGCUUAUCGAGCUGCGGCUGAUCUUUUUUCUGGUCUUCUGUUUACCUGCACUGACACGGGGUGAACAUGCAAACUCCACACAGAAGAGCUGGAGUCGAACUGGCGACCCUCUUGCUGUGAGCUCAGAGCAGCAGCAGACACUAAAACUUCCAAGGGUCAGUGAGAGUGACUUGUCUGAGUCAGAGAUGAGUACAGCAAGUGGAGACUUCUCUGACUCUGGUGUGUCCUUCAAGAGUGAUCGGUCAAUGGAUGGUGGCCUUUACUUCAGAAAAAGAUCAGCCUUUCUCAGCUCAGAGCAGCAGCAGACACUAAAACUUCCAAGGAUCAAUGAGAGUGACUUUUCUGAUUCAGAGAUGAGUACAGCAAGUGCAGACUUCUCUGACUCUGGUGUGUCCUUCAGGAGUGAUAAUUCAAUGGACGGUGGCCUUUACUUCGAAAAAUCAUUGUUUCUCAUCUCAGAGCUGAUGCAGAGGCCAAAACUCCCAAGGAUCAGUGAGAGUGAGAUGUCUGAGUCAGAGCCAUCAAGUUUUAUUCAUGCAAACAUGGACCCAGAUGACCCUGUGGCAGAUGAUGACUGCGUCGAGUCAGACGAUCUAAAAACAACAACAGGACCCAGGACCUUUACUAAGUGGGCUGGAGUCAUCGUUGACAGACCUGCCGUGUCGAUUCGCCCUGCACAAUAUCAGGAAGAUCCGACCCUACCUGACUGAGCGAUCAACACAACUUUUGGAACAAGCCCUUGUGAUAUUGUGCCUAGACUACAGCAACUGUCUACUCGUGGGUCUUCCUGCUGCACCACCAAGCCUCUGCAGAUGAUCCAGAACGCGGCGGCACGUCUGGUCUUCAACCAGCCCAGGAGAGCACAUGUCACUCCGCUCCUCAUCUCUCUGCACUGGCUCCUGGUCACAGCCCGCAUCAAAUUCAAAGCCUUGUCUCUUGCCUACAAAAUAGUACCUGGCACAGCUCCUGCUUAUCUGAACUCCUUUGUUCAGGUCCACAAACCCUCCCGCCCACUACGCUCUUCUAGUGAAAGGCUCCUCCGACGCUGAAGGUCUCUACAUCUCAAACCAGACUCUUCUCCUCUGUAGAGCCCCUAUAGGUGGAGGAACCAACUUCCAAUCUCCAUCUGAUCUGCUGAGUCCUUCAGCUCUUUAGUGAACACCUUCGCACAUGAUCUGCACGGAUGGGG